CUAACUGCAACCUUCUCCCUUUGAAGAAAUUAAACACAGAUUUUUUAUUAUUCACAAUCCAAUUUGAAGAAUUGGGUCUUUUAUUUGGCAUAUGGAAUUUGGAAGACCCACUUAAAUACAUCGAUUUGAGUCGCAACAUCUUGUUUUUUCAUCACAGAUCCACCAGGUUGGGGAACGCAUUUGAGGUAGCAUAUUUUCCAUGGAUUCCAUGAAAGGACAAGGAGGCAUCCAGAUGCUGCUGACUGCAGAGCAGGAGGCCCGACGGAUUAUUUCCAAUGCUAAAAACUUAAAGUUGACGAGGUUGAAACAAGCUAAAGAAGAAGCUGAGAGGGAAGUGAAACUCUACCACUCCAAUAUGGAAGCUGCCUACCAGAAGAAAAUUUCUGAGACGAGUGGGAGCAGUGGGUCAAAUGUAAAACGGCUUGAUGAAGAAACUGCAAUGAGGAUUCAAAGCUUGAAAGAGUCUGCUUCUAGGGUUUCAUCAGAUGUUGUUGCCAUGCUCAUCAAGCAUGUCACAGCGGUGGAAGCUUGAUAUGUGGUGGUUCUCAGUUGCAGAGGACGAGGCAUAUGAAAAAUGAAAAUUGCAAUAAAGGAAGAAUGAGAGAUGAGAGUUAUGGAAUAAGCUGCCAGCCUUCUCCAGACAGAUUUUUUAAAUUAAUUCAUGUAGUCACCUUGAUGAGUUGAUUACUUAAUAUAAAUUCCAUGGAGAGCGAAGUAGCAGAUGAGUUGUUGCAAUUUGAAUGAUUUGUAACAACUGUCACGUGAUUUCUUUGAGGGAUCGAUUAGAAAAUCUCAUAAGACUGGACGUUACAAAUUUUGAAAAUUUAUGUGUGGACAGAUUAA